AUAGCUUGGGGGCUGGGGGUGCUCUCCUGUAAGGAGGGAAAAGGUGUGUCCACCACCACCCAGUCAGAGACAGUGACACAAACCUGAUUAGGAAAUUCCUGACUGGAGAGGAUAUAAAUCCCUGCCUGAUUUCUGAGCUUCCACAGAAGGUGAAAGUCAGGCUUGGCAAUCUUCCCCAGGCCAGAAAUAAGGUGAAAGAAUGCAGAGCUUCAGGAUACUAAGUGCUGGCUUUGAGCUCUCCACUUCCUGUGCCCUACAGAACUUGAGAAUGAUGUUCAUCCUAUUCAUGUUGGUGAUGAGUGGUUCUACGUUCACCAUUCAGCCCAAGGAACAUUCAGCAGCUGUAGAGAAUUGCCAGUUCCGGGGCAAGCAUUUCAAAAGCUACUUCAAGGUGGAAGGGGAGCCUGUGGUCCUGAGGUGCCCCCAGACACGGAGUUGGCUGUGGGACUCCUUCAGCCCCCAUUUCAACUUGACAUGGCAUAAAAAUGUUUCUGCUCAGACGGUCUGGAAAGAAGAGACUCGAGUUCGGGUCCAGGAUGGUGCUCUGUGGUUUUUGCCCACUUUGCAGGGAGACUCUGGCACCUACAUCUGCACUGCCAGAAAUGCCUCUUACUGUGAUGAAAUGUCCAUUGAGUUGAGAGUGUUUGAGAAGACAGAAGCCUUCCAACCUUUCAUGUCAUAUCCACAAAUUCUAACUUUGUCAACAUCAGGGACAUUGGUUUGCCCAGAACUGAGUGAAUUCAUUCAUAACAAAACUGACUUGAAACUUCAGUGGUACAAGGAUUCUGUCCUUUUGGAUCAAGACAAAAAAAAUUUUAUAAGUGUGAGGGGAACUACUCGCUUAAUCCUGCUCAAUGUGUCUGCAGAGGAUGCUGGCUAUUACAGCUGUGCCAUGACCUUUGUCCAUGAAGGCGUACAAUACAAUGUCACCAGGAACAUCGAACUACGUGUCAACAAAAGACAAGAGGAGACAAUUCCUGUUAUUAUCUCUCCACGCCAGACCAUAUUGACUUCUCUGGGGUCAAAACUGGUGAUCCCAUGUAAGGUGUUUCUGGGAUCUGGCACACAAUCUAGCACCAUGCUAUGGUGGAUGGCCAACAACACCGACAUAGAGAGUGCCUACCCCGAAGGCCGAGUGACUGAAGGGCUGCGCCAGGAAUACACGGAAAACAAUGAGAACUACAUUGAAGUGCCCCUCAUUUUUGAUCCAGUCAUAAAAGAAGAUUUGGAAAUGGAUUUUAAAUGUGUUGUUUUUAACACAUUGAGUUUUCAGACUCUACGUACCACAGUCAAAGAAGCUGCCACAUUCUCCUGGGGGAUUGCACUGGCACCCCUGUCCCUGAUCUUCUUGGUUUUGGGGGGAAUAUGGAUGCACAGACGCUGUAAAAAUAGGACGAAGAAACAUCGUGGUUUAACACUGGUAAAGACUGACCAUCAAAAUUUUCAAUCCUAUUCAAGUAAAAUAAAGGAAAUAAAAUAGUAAAAUGCAAA